UUUUCUCUGUAUGUAUGUGUGUCUGCUUGCAGAAAACCCCUCAUUCCUGGAAGAAUGGUGAAACUGGGGAAUAAUUUCAGCGAGAAGAGCACAAAGCAGCCCCUUCUGGAGGAUGGCUUCGACACCAUCCCCCUGAUCACACCCCUGGACGUCAAUCAGCUCCAGUUCCCGCCUCCCGACAAGGUUGUGGUCAAAACGAAAACAGAAUAUGAACCUGAUCGCAAGAAAGGAAAAUUCCGUACUCCAAAAAUAGCUGAAUUCACAAUCAGCAUCACUGAAGGGGUUUCAGAAAGAUUUAAGGUAACUGUGCUGGUCCUUUUCGCCCUUGCAUUCUUAACUUGUGUUGUAUUUCUGGUAGUCUACAAGGUUUACAAGUAUGAUCAUACCUGUCCAGAAGGAUUUGUUUUCAAGAAUAAUCAAUGCAUUCCAGCUGGGUUGGAAAACUACUACUCUGAACAAGACUCCAAUGCUCGAGGGAAAUUUUACACAGUCAUAAACCACUACAAUCUGGCCAAGCAAACCAUCACGCGCUCAGUGUCCCCGUGGAUGACAGUACUGUCAGAAGAGAAACUGUCUGAGCAGGAGACUGAAGCCGCUGAGAAAUCAGCUUAGUGUGAUAAGCUAAUUAUUAACACUAUGUCAUUUGAAGGUAACUAAGGGACUUUAAGAAACUUUUCAUUAAAUAUAAUUAUGGAUAAUUUAGAGGUUACUCAUGUUUAUGGUGCAAUUGCUUCUGUUUGCUGAUACUGCUUUGCAAAAACAAAAAAACAUGCUGCAGAACAUUCAUGGGCAUAAAACAAGAUGCGUAUCAGCAUUGCUUUAGAGCUUUGACACCGUUUUCAAUGUUUAAAAAAAAACAACAACAGAUAUGUUCUUGCAGUUUAUUGGAUACUGACAGAUUUCUUCUCUGGAUUUUCAGGGCUUAGACCUUAAAAUGUGUUCUGUUGUCUGAACUGAUAUUUUAUUUAUUAAUUUUUUAUUGUUAGUCAUUUUGCAAACCGAAACACCACAGCCAUAACUAGAGUGAUCUCUUGUUUAGCUGAGAGCUGUGUUUAGUAUUUAGUUUUGGCUCAAGCAAAAAUGAUAAUCAGCACUGAUGUCAAGGGCAUAAUGUAAUGACUUGUAUGGAGAAAGGAAAAAAAAAAAGUGUCAGGUAGCAUUUUUCUUACGUUUUCUUUACUGUUAUUUAUUUGUAAGUGAUAAUGAAGUUCCCUGCAAGAAGGCA